AUGGCGACGGCGCUGCAGAAACAGCUCGCGACCAUCGCGGCCUCGAGCACCCACCAGCUCGACCUGCGCGCGCAGAAAUCGGCCCAUGGCAAGUCGCUGCUGUUCGAGCCCAAGAUCGCCUCGUCGCAGUCAUUCGAAACCGUCUAUCUGAUCUGCCACGAGGGCUUUCGGGAGUUGUGCGCUUUGGACUCGAGGUUUUUGCGCUUUUCCAAGAAUCUGUUCAGCGAGCAGAGCAAGGCCGAAGAUCGCACGCAGAUGACCAAGGAGGAAAAUGACAAACUCAAUGUUGCGCUCGAGGCCUUCAUCACACUCGUCGGCCCGCGCUUGCUGCUCAAACCAGCAGAAAAGGCGCUCGAGUGGCUCGUGAGAAGAUUCCGCAUCCAUGAAUACAACACCGAAUGCCUGGUCUUCACCUACCUGCCCUACCACAACACGCCCCAAUUCCUUGCUCUGCUAUCCAUCCUCCCCGCACAGCCAUCGCACGCCAUUCGAUUCCUCUUCCCAUACAUCCAGGCACCCACCAAUGUUCCCCAGCGCACAAUCGCAUACACAGCCAUCAACACGCCGCAGUUCUUCAAAGCGUAUCAGUCGUAUGUCACCAAAGUCGUAAAUGCGGGGCACCAGGCUGCUCACAUGCUGUCCUUCUGGUCUGGAGUCACCGUGGAGGCAAUCUACGGCAUACUGAGCAACUCGAGCUCAGGCCGGAAAGACUUGCAAGAUCAGAGCACCGAAAAGCUGGUUCUGGACCUGCUUCCUGUUCUCAACAACUGCAUGCAUGCUAAGCAUGGAGCCGACACUGUCCUGGCUUGCUACGCCAUUGUCAUUAUGCUGGUCAACCAGGCAAAGGUCGGGGACAAGGUUCUGGAUGCCUUGAUGGAGGCUGUAAUUGCAGCCCAUGAUGAGACGUCGCUGCAGUCAUGCCUGGGCUGCUUGGCAAUCAUCGCCAACGAGCGCUCAAAGGCGCAGAUCCCAGCCAAGGUUUCCAAAAAACUGCUCAAAGUAUCGCAGCUUGUACAGAGGCUGAAAUCUGUCUCCCAACAGUGUCACGUUGAUCGACUGGCACUGGGCUGCGCUAUCGGCGCGCUCAAUGUCGGUUCAGACGAAAACCACGCUAUAUUCCAUGAAUUAAUUGCAUCCGGCCUACUCAGCAAGUCGCGCAUUCAACUUACACUAUCGGCGUUGGCCCAGCUUCUUCGCGACAGUGCUCCGGGAUCCGAAGCGCAUGGCGAAUUACUUCAGGUUGCAACAAAAUUGGUCGAGUCAAAGGACCUGUCAACCAUGCUACAGGAUGUGGCAAAACAGAACAACGUUGAUCUAGAAUCACUCGGGCUCACCAUGGCGCAAACGUUCGAGAUUGUGGAUGUUGAAGAAGUUGAUUCUGACGAAGAGAUGGUUGACGCUGAUGAGGCCGUUGAGAAACCGACCGUACAAGUACCAGAGAUCACAGUUACCAGCUUCUUGGAUGCAGGAUCAGAUGAAGAGUUUGCAAAGGCUGCCGAUGCUUUCGAGCUAGCUGUCUCCAACAAACAGACCAAAACUUUCCUUGCAUCUGAUCAAUUGCAACAGGAGGCCGCGCUUCAACAGACACUCUACUUAUCAUUCCUUGCGCGUGUCUGGGCCAGCCCCCGCCCUGUUGCUGUGCGCAUCGCCGCUCUACGCGCUACUGCCUCAGCUUUCGGAAAAAUCGAGGCCGCCCAUCUCCUGCAAAACCUUUUGCCAUACUUUGUCCACGCACUUGCUGACCCAUCUCCGCUGAUUCGGCGUUCCGCUGCUGCUUGCAUUGGUCUCCUGGCUCGUAAGGCCUCGGCCAGAUCAAAGGCCCCGUCAUGGGCUAAAACAGAGCUUUACGGCAAAGCCUCGAAGAACAUUUCAGAGCUAAAGCCUGAAGAUGUGCUGGUAUUCGUCACCUCAAUGCUGCAGCCAAUGCUUGAGGAAUGCGUCAUGGAUGCACAUUUCGUCAUUCCUGCCCUCCGAGAUGUACUGGAGGGAACGCAACUGAAGAACCACCCUAAGCAGUCUUUCAAGCUGCAAACGCGAACGGCAAUUCUCGGCUUCUUCGCAAGCCAUGCUGGUUUCACGCCCUCCGUGAGGGUCCGGUUAUGUCUACUGCCCAUGUUCAACAUUCGUGGCAAGGUGUCCGAUACUGUCCGCGCAAAUUUCGUGCUCCCCUUGCUCAACGAAUGGUCUGCUCUUCCUGUUGAGAGCGCAACAAGCAAAUGCAACAGUGAAACAAUCAGUCUCCAUGACGCUGAACGCUCUCAUCUCGCUGCAACCAUACCAAGAGAGGCAAAGAGUGCACAACUGUUGCAGGACAUCAUCUCCGGUACAUUCAACAAAGAGCGCGAUUCAUUGGCGAUGGCAUCUUUCAGUCGCAUUCAUUCCUCUUGGUCUGCCUUCAGAUCUGAAUCUCGACACUCGCUAGCUCAGUGCAUGCUGGGUCUGGCCUUGAGUGAGAACGAUACCUCUUUCGACAAGCUCUGCAGAGAACAAUCCAUGGAGAUCUUGCGCAACGUUAGUCUUGAUUCUACAAUCCUGGUCACUUUCUUGGAUAGCAUCCCCUCGCCGACAGCAAUGCCUGGAGGGCCACCGGGAGCGAAACGGAGGCGUACUAGCCGAAGCGAGAUGGCCCGAGUGGAACUUUCUUCUCAAGACGAUGUCCAGAGGCUCCUUCGAAGACUCACACUUGUUCUUGAAUUGGUUGAAGGAUCCCACCCAGGGCAGCAUCCAGAACUUUUCAAGAACCUUUUCGGCAUUUUCGCCGAAUUGCAGCCGCUCAAGCAGCAAUCUGAGUCCGAGUUGGUGUACUUGCAGAGUAUCAUCCUGGGGUCGUUGAGCCCUAUCGUACAAACUCUGAAGGAGCAGCCAGAUACUGCGGACUACCAGUCGGCAGUGCGAGCCGACCUCUUGAUUGACUGUAUCCGACACUCCACAAGCCCACAGGUGCAAAACAGCGCACUGCUCUUGAUUUCCAACCUUGCCUCUUGGGUUCCGGACCUCAUCUUGCACAAUCUCAUGCCCAUCUUCACUUUCAUCGGCUCUACUCUCCUUCGACAACACGAUGACUACUCUGCUCAGGUUGUCGACAAGACAAUCUCGCGCGUGGUACCUCAACUGGCUGCGUCGCUUCGCUCAAAACACAGAGACUUUAUUGCUGGUGUGUCGGACUUGCUACUCAGCUUUACCGCUGCCUUUGAACACAUUCCUUUGCACAGAAGGAUGAAGCUAUUUGCAGAGUUGGCUCGUACACUGGGCCCUGAAGACUCGCUCCCAGCUAUUGUUGCCCUGCUUGCCGACCGGUACCACAGCAAAGAGCAACGGAGAUUCUGCGCGGACUUGCUCCUCCACUUCGAUCCCAUCAACACUCUGGUCACCUUCAAGGGCUACCUUGAUCUACUUACUGAUGCCACUGGGCCGAAACCACAGGUUGCUGAGACGCUGUUUGGCCUCAAGGACAAGUCGAAGGAGAACAAGUUGGAUUCGUCAGUCCAGAGCAUGCUUUCAUGUUUGACUGAUCUAGCACUUGAUGAGAAGGUAAAGGCGCAUGUUACCAGAGCGUACCGAAAGAAGGAUGACCCCGAGAGACCACGAAAGAUCUUUGCCAACAUCAUCGAAACCACCAUUCAGUUAGCCAAGAAACUGGUGUCAAACUCGAAGACGUAUGCGGCAUGCAGUCGUGUUCUCGCCAGUUGCUUGGACCUGUUGCCGACGACCGAUCUCAUCAAAUCUGCUGAGCUGCUUCUUUCCAGCACCGACUCGCAUGUGCAAGUUGCUGCUGUUAAGUCAGUUGAGUUGCGAGCAGGCACCGCCAAGCAAAACGACCGCAAGUCUGUGGAAGCGCUCAUCUCCUUCCUACCCAGUGUUCAGAUGCUCUUGCAGCAGACAUCGGAAAUGGAUACGAAGAUGGUCUCUGUCAGCUGCAUCGACCGCAUCAUUGAGCGCUUCGGCAAGAAGGAUAUUUCUGCUGUCUCUUCAGUGGCGCAGACCAUUGCCGGUGCCGAGUCAUUGUUGAGCAGCGACGACAGAAUCCGCAUCUUGUCUCUGCUUUGCUUGACAUCUGCUAUCGAUGUUCUUGAGGACAAAGCAAUCUCGCUGCUGCCCACGGUCAUCCCCACUGCCUUUGAAUACAUGUCGAAUGCCAUUGAAGAAGAAAAGACUGGCCUUCACAACGCCGUAUUCACCCUCCUUGCCAACAUCGUCGAGCGCCUGGGAUACAUGUUCUCGCGGGAGUAUUUGGAUACUGCUUUGCGGCUGGCCCAGCGAUCUGCUGCUGCUGAUCUGGAGGAUGCAUGCGACGAAAGCCGCACGAGUUUCUACCAAAGCGUGUCGCAGCGUCUUGGUGCACAAGAAGUCUUUUCCUCAAUCAAGGCGACAUGGCCGCAUGCUGCUUCGCAAGGCUUUGAUGCCUUGCUUGAACAGCUCGAGCUGUUGCAGUCCACCAUCAGUGCCCAGACAAAGGCCAAGCUUGUCAAGGCAAGUUCGCCGCUGUUCAGCCUUUUCCUGCAAACAUUCCGCCUGCGAGAGACUCUUCAAUCGGAAACUCAGGAAGAAGUCGACGAGGAGGAGACUGAACAGCUCGAGGGUAUGCUCAUUGAAUCGGUCAUUGCCAUGGUUCUCAAGCUCAGUGAUGCCACAUUCCGACCCUUUUUCGUGCAGCUUGUAGACCAAGAAGGCCCACUACCCACCAAGCUUGAACGCGCCAUCACCUUCUACAAGUUCCUCGCCGCCUUCUUCGAUAAAUUCAAGUCCCUCGUAACAAGCUAUUCCAGCUACAUCAUCGAGCCCGCCGCAAAGAUGCUCACACAGCUCGCCAAAGACGACUCGGAAGCCAGCACCCGAGCCGCCGUUCUCUCGGCGCUCCAAAAGACAUUCCAGCACGACCAAGACGGAUUCUGGCAAGCGCCCUCGCACUUUGGCAUCAUCAUGCCGCCGCUGCUGUCCCUCCUCAGCCUGCCCUCCGCAUCCACAUCUACCCCGGAGAACAACACCAACAACAUCAUUCCCACCAUCACCGAACUCGCAGCCGCAUCCUCAUCCAGCAUGGACAACCACCGCGAAAUGAACACUAUCCUGCUCAAGAACAUGCGCAGCCAACAUAGACACACCCGCCUCGCAACCGUCCUCUGCGAACAGAGUCUCACCCGCAGACUCGGCGAGGAGUGGCUCGGCUUGCUGCCGGAGAUGCUCCCGUUUAUCAGCGAGCUCAUGGAGGACGAUGAUGAUAUGGUGGAGCGCGAGUGCCAGAGAUGGAAGAACGGCAUGGAGGAGAUUUUGGGUGAGAGUCUUGAGGGUAUGUUGCAGUAG